UCCCAUAAUAUUAAGGCGUCAAAAGAAGCUGGAGCUGAAGACGGAGAUAAGGAUGCGUUGAGAUAACAGGUGGCACUUUACGGUUACAGUUUAUUUUUUAAGCCUUUGUGUCAGAUUUCCAGGAACGGGUUAGCGGCUACAUGCUCUCAAAAAUACUGCAGGAAUGUGCGCUUUCAAAACAUAAAGCGCACUUUUGUCCCAAAGGAGGAAAAACAACAGCAUGGAGAAAGACUCAAACAGAAAACCCCUAUUCAUAAACUUUCCAGGUAAGCAAAGUGAUCAGCCCUAACUACCAAAAACGGUUUGAGAGUGAAGACAAGGUCAGAUGAAUGGACAGCAGGAUGUUUUCUGGUCAGGCUGGUCUGAAUUACAGCUUCAACCUGAGCGAUGACCGGGAGCUGGUGGACGCGCCGGCGGGCAGGGGGAAGCUCUCCCCGACGGGCUUCGUCGUGCUGUCCGUGGUGCUGGGCUUCAUCAUGACUUUUGGCUUCCUGAACAACUUCGUCGUGCUGCUUCUGUUUUGCAAAUUCAAAAAGCUGCGAACGCCAGUGAACAUGAUGCUGCUGAACAUCAGUGUCAGUGACAUGCUGGUGUGUUUGUUCGGCACCACUCUCAGUUUCGCUUCCAGUAUUCGGGGGAAGUGGCUGCUGGGGCGCAGCGGCUGCAGCUGGUAUGGCUUCAUCAAUUCCUGCUUUGGUAUUGUUUCGCUGAUCUCUCUGGUGAUCCUCUCCUACGACCGCUACAGCACUCUGACUGUAUACAACAAGCGUGGGCCAGACUACCGCAAGCCCCUGCUGGCUGUGGGGGGCUCUUGGCUGUACUCCUUAUUCUGGACAGUGCCCCCUCUGCUGGGCUGGAGCAGCUACGGCAUAGAGGGAGCAGGAACCAGCUGCUCUGUCUCCUGGACGCUUCAGACAGCCCAGUCGCAUGCCUACAUCAUCUGCCUCUUCAUUUUCUGUCUGGGUAUUCCUAUCCUGGUGAUGAUCUACUGCUAUAGCAGGCUGUUACUGGCAGUCAAACAGGUGGGAAAGAUCCGAAAAACUGCAGCCCGGAGGAGAGAGUACCACAUACUGUUCAUGGUUUUGACCACAGCAGCCUGCUACAUGUUGUGCUGGAUGCCUUACGGUGUCGUGGCUAUGAUGGCAACAUUCGGCCCUCCCAACAUCAUUAGUCCCGUGGCCAGUGUGGUGCCCUCACUACUGGCCAAGAGCAGCACGGUCAUCAACCCUCUGAUAUAUAUACUAAUGAACAAACAGUUCUACAGGUGUUUCCUGAUUCUCUUUCACUGUAAUCACUGGUCAACGGAGAGCGGCAACACCUCGAUGACCUCCAAGACCACAGUAAUCCAGCUAAACCGCAGAGUGUACAGCAACACGGUGGCCUGCACCGCCCAGACCUCCACUGAUGCCAUCAACCAGUGCGGCAGCACCCCAACAUCCAAGCACACAACGGCCCCCGAGGUCACUACCUGAGCCUGAAUAUCCUCAACAGGACCAGAUAGAAAACACAGUCAUAAUGAAACAGCAGUGGCUCAGCUUGACAGCUAGACACUCAGUGUCAACUACUGUGGAAUGUGGACUAAAGCAUGAUACAUUUAGAAAGUAAAUGUUUUUAAUGUGUAAGCUUGUGUUUGUACAGAAAGGAAUCGCUUUGUGUGUCCAUUGAGUGUUUAUUUUAUAUACGCUAUAUGGCCAUAGGUAUGCAGACACAUAAAUAUUAAAUCCAUAUGUGAUUGCUGAACAUCUCAUUCCUACAAGAUUUUGGAACCUGGCUGCAGAUAUUUGCUCCCAUUCAACCACAAUGUGAGGUCAGGCGAUAAAGCCUGGCUUGUAGUUGGCUUCCAAUUUAUCCCAAACGGUAUUUAAAGGGUUGAGGUCACGGCUCUCUGCAAGCUAGUCAAGCUCUUCUACAAAACACAUUUCUUUAUUGAAUUUUAAUGUUUAAACAGGAAAUGAUCUUCCCAAAACUAUUGUCUGAAGUAUUACUGUAUGUUAUACGCUUAGGAUUUCCUUUAAUUGGAACCAAGGAGCACAAACCAUAAAACCAGCCCCACAGGUGCACAACAGUAUUUGGACAUGUACUUUUGGCCAUAUAGAGCACUUAACACUUGUUUUAUAAGUCUAUAUGUCCAGGAAAUACUUUUCUUUCAAUAUUUAUUGGUCAGUUACAAAUUGUAAUUGUUGAUAUUCAAAGGUUCAGAAAUUGUAAAUGUCAAUG